UAUUGUCAGUCAGAUCUGUCCGUCAGUGUAGUCAUUUAUUGUUGUCAUGUAUUUUUUUGUUUAUCUAACAAAUAAUAUAUUUAUCCAUUAGUCUUUUUAAAAAUAAUUUAUUAAAUUUACUUUACCUACUGGUUUUAUAAUUUUGAUCAGUAAAUAUAUAUUUAGAUAAAAGGACUAGUUAUUUUAAAAUUUUAAUAUUGGUAAUAGCUGUGAUAAUGAAGGACAGAAAUAGCGUUCAUUUCCUUGAUAAUUUUGACCCGGAAACUUCAGCACGCGAGAGACGCAAGUUAAAUCGCAAAAGUUAUUUUAUAAACCGUAAAAGUAAAAGCAUUUAUAAUGAAAGAGGGCAAAUUGCUGCUACAGGCAAAGAUUUGUGCGAUUGUUUAGAUGAGACUUGUCCAGGUUGUCACUUUCCAUGCCCAAAAUGCAAUUCAUUAAAAUGUGGCCAUGAAUGCAGGGUAAACAGGAAAUGGAUGUAUGAUAAAAUUGAAAUAGAAGGAAAUGAUUUUGUUAUCAAAAAUGAAUAUAAAGCUAAAUAAAUAUUAAAGAGGAAUAAUUUUACUGUAUGUAUAAAAUAGAAAUUCAUCAUAUUAUGAAAUUAUAGUAAAGAAUUGAAAUAAACAACACUUCAAUCUCACAAA